UAAUAUUGGAGCAGGACGUGUCCUGCCUAGAAACUAUGUGGGAAUCCUAAUUACGCUUCCCUGACACGUGUGUCGCACUAAAUCGAGCUGAAGAGGGAAAAUAGCAACUGACUUCACCUUUUUGGCUCAUUAAUUUGGGUGUCGUUGUUUUUUCUAUAUUCUCGACGGCUUCCACGGCUAAACAGUCAGGAUGGUGAAGCCUCAAUUCAAGGGGAAAAGCUCGAUUAAUCCCUCGUCGUCCAGCAGCAACCCUGAUCGGGUCAAGGGUGCUGGCGGCACCAACAUGAGGGACCGCUCCACAAUUAAGCGUCUGAAUAUGUACAGACAAAAACAGAGAUGUAACGACAGAGGAAAAGUCAUCAAACCUUUACAGUACCAGUCCACUGUGGCACCCGGGACAGUGGCCCGAGUCGAACCCAACAUCAAAUGGUUUACAAACACACGGGUAAUCAAGCAGUCCUCCCUGCAGAAGUUCCAAGAGGAGAUGAGCGCCGUGCAGAACGAUCCGUACCGUGUCGUGAUGAGACAGAGCAAACUGCCCAUGACGCUGCUGCACGACCGAGUCAAAGCACACAACUCCAAGGUGCACAUUUUGGACACUGAGGCUUUCGAGACUACGUUUGGGCCCAAAGCUCAGAGGAAGAGGCCCAGUCUCGUGGUGUCCGACGUCAAGGACCUGUUGGAGCAAGCCGAAGCUUCGGCCAUGAGCUACAACGCUGACAAAGACAAAGACCUGGUGACUGAGGACACAGGGGUCCGUGACGCAGUCCGUGAGGAGAUCUUCAAAAAGGGUCAGUCCAAGAGGAUUUGGGGAGAGCUUUACAAGGUCAUCGACUCGUCCGAUGUCGUGAUCCAAGUGUUGGAUGCCCGCGACCCCAUGGGCACACGCUCGCAGAGCAUCGAGUCCUACAUCAAGAAGGAGAAGUCGUGGAAGCACUUGAUCUUUGUGCUCAACAAGUGUGACCUCAUCCCCACUUGGGUCACUAAACGCUGGGUGGCGUUGUUGUCCCAGGAGUACCCCACCCUGGCUUUUCAUGCCAGCCUCACCAACUCGUUCGGUAAAGGCUCCCUUAUUCAGCUCCUCAGGCAAUUUGGCAAGCUCCACACGGACAAGAAACAAAUCAGCGUAGGCUUCAUCGGUUACCCCAACGUGGGCAAAAGCUCUGUCAUCAACACACUGCGCAGCAAGAAAGUCUGCAAUGUGGCGCCUAUCGCUGGAGAAACCAAGGUGUGGCAAUACAUCACUUUGAUGAGACGAAUCUUCCUCAUUGAUUGUCCAGGGGUGGUCUACCCUUCAGAGGACAGCGAAACUGAUAUUGUUCUCAAAGGAGUGGUGCAAGUGGAGAAGAUCAAGAACCCCGAGGAGCACAUCGGCGCGGUUCUGGAAAGGGCUAAGCCAGAGUACAUCCAGAAGACCUACCGCAUCCCCGCGUGGAGCUCAGCGGAGGAUUUCCUCGAGAAGUUGGCGUUCCGCACUGGGAAACUUUUGAAGGGCGGAGAGCCAGAUCUGUCCACGGUGUCCAAAAUGGUGUUAAAUGAUUGGCAGAGGGGGCGUAUACCUUUCUUCGUGAAGCCUCCAGGGCCUGAGGGUGACCCAGAGGAACCUUUGCCAGUGAAAGUGCAGGAAGUAAAAACGGAGGCGACUGACGUCACUCCUGCCACCACUGAAAAUGAAGAGCAGCAGAAGGAGCAACAGAAAGAGCAACUUCACAAGAUUUUGUCCAACGUGCGGCAGAACUUUGGAAAGAUCAACGUGGCGCCAGAGUUCAACGAAGAGGACCUGGUCCCUGUGGAGAUGCCCAACCUGGACAUGUCCGACAUCUCUGGCUCAGAGGCUGAGAAGGAGGAAGGUGAGCUUGAUGGUGAGGAAGAGGAAGUUGUAAAGGCAGACGAGGAGAGGAGCAGUGAGCCAGCCCGUGAAGAGAGUCCUGCCAUUGGGAAGAAGAAUUCCAAGCAGGUGAUCCGCGAGCUGGACGAGAAGAUCGCCAAGUACAAGCAGUUUCUGGACCGAGCCAAGUCCAAGCGCUUCUCCGCCAUCAGGAUACCUAAAGCAGAUUCGGACAAACUGUUAACAGACAUCAAGACUAAACAAGCACAGAUGAAAGCUGCUACUCAUAGAAACAGGAAGAGGAAAGGUGACGACGAAGACGACCAAUCCUACAGGCAACCCAAACUGUCAUCCAAAGAGAGAAGAGCGAUUGAUCGCGCCCAGCGCUCGAAGAAAGUUGGCAUGCGCUACUAUGAAACGCACAACGUGAAGAACAGGAACAAGAACAAGACGAAAGACACCUAAGCACCAACCUCAGAGGACAGAAAAGCUAAGAGAGCUAAACGCUAAAGGGUAGCAAUAAAAUAUAUUUAAAAGAAAAUACUUUCAAUUAUCCUUUAUUUGAAAUGUAAGCAAUAUUUGAUUAUCUAAAGUUGAUUUUGACCCCCUCAGGGAAAUAGUCUGGCCUUAAUCUUAAUGUACAGCUAUUAUUUGGACUAUAAAAGGCUCGCCCUCGACUCUCGUGAGGAUAAGCGGUACAGAAAAUGGAUGGAUGAAAAAUUUUUACUUGCUUCAGUUUGUAGUCACAUAAUGAAGUUACAGGAAGCGUUGCAGUUUGGACGUUACUUCUUUGGUGUGACCAUCCCUUCCAGCUGGGCCUAAAUGGGAAUUACAGACAUUAGGAUGGGAAGGGAAGCCGUGAAAGGAAAACGUGGCACACACACAAAGAUAAUCAGGCUGUUUUUGUCCAGAUUUUGCCCCUUCCCAACCAAGAAUGACAAAUCCCAUCGUACAAGAUUAUCCUUUGGUCAGAGGGUGUGUUUAGAGUGAAUUUGUCCUAAUGAUAGGGUCCGAAACGGGUAGGGGCCGACAAUCUUAAAUAUUAAUCGUUCAAUAUUUACGGGCAAAAAAAUCCUCGUGUGUGCACGCACGCGCAAAGCCGGGUCACGACUACAUGAAUUGUGACAUGAAACAGAAUGUAGUUAAUCAAGAAGUAACCUGACAGAGGAACAAGAAAAGUAGCCAUAAAUAAAAAAAAAAUAAAUAAAAAAAAAAAUGAUCCUAUUUUGUAUAAGUGGGUUCACCAGACAGCAAGAAGUAUUUUCCAAAGCAAGUGUUUUUAUUGACUACUACAUCAUUUCACAACACACUCACACUUGCGGUCCCUUCGGUGACACUCAAGAUACAUCGGCCAGUGUUGUUUCUUCGUUUUUGUUAGAUCACGUUUCAUCAUGUGAGAUUUCUGUCUUGGAGGAGUGGAUUCGAGUGCGGUAUUGGAACAAAAUAUUUGUGUGUGUGAUGUUCUGUGUUGAGAUUAUCGUAGCACACAACAAGCAACAAGUAUAAAAAAAAAAUAAUAAUAUUUGAAAAGUCCUUGUGUGUGUACCAGGCCAAAGACGCGUUAUACCUUGAGCUGCUGGUUGGUCCUCUUUAGAAACUGAAUUUGCUCCAUGUGUUUCUUUUCCUGCCCUUCCCAUUUUUCCUCGUUCCUUUUCUCGUUGGCAAUCCAUUCGGCCUUCUGCUCGUUCAACUGCUUUGUCAGAUCCUGUUUCUCCUUUUCCAGAUUGCUAAUCUGGAUGUGUAAAAGGUGGAAAACCAAUCAGUUAUGUAUCACAUAUUAAAGUAGGCACAUUUAAUGUUUAUAUAUAUCAAAAUUAGGGAUGUCACAAUAUUCACGAUAUCGUGAAAUUAAAAGUUGAUAUUCUGUUGGUCAUGUGUCGGUAUGCAAUAAUUAACUGUUGUGCUUAAAAUUUUGUUUUGGGAGGUUUACACGAAACCACGCCGCUUACCCAGGCUGCUAGUGCGCGUCACUUUCUUAUUUGAGUGUAAAUGCACCCGAUUGGACGCAUAACCCAUGUGACCAUGUGGGCACGUCACAAGAAAUACACUGAUUGGUACGCGAAUCGUAUCACUCUUUAAUGAUGUGCUAAUGAGUGUUUAUUUCAAGUCAAAAGUGGUGGGUGAAUGAACAUCACAUGGAGAGAGAAUAACGAUUCAGACUCUUGUUACAAUAUAUCCGUCUGCCAAUGCAUCCCAGUUGUCUCAAAUAAUUUUAUAAAAAAAAAUAGGUCCACUCUUGUCUGUACAAAUACAACCAACAUCAAUGCCAAAAUAAAUCUCCUAACAUGCAGUUACAGUACUUUCCUCUUUUCAAAUGAAAUGUCCAGAUUUCAAAUGAAAACAUAUUACAGAGGCUGCUCAGAAAAAUAAAUCAUCCUACAUGAUCACUAAGCGGAGGAAAAAAACUAA